AUGGAGCUCUUGGACAACCAAGGCGUCCCUAGUCCAUACAUAAAGAUACUUCGUGAGUUGUAUAGCAACUUCACGAGCAAAAUUUUCCCAUUUUACAAUGCUGUCAUAAUCGACGUAAAGAGAGAGGUUCGUCAGGGUGACACAAUUUCACCCAAAAUAUUCAGUGCCACUCUCGAGAACGCGAUGCGAGGAUUGGAAUGGGAUGACAUGGGAGUGAAAGUUGACGGCAAGCAUUUACGCCAUCUUCGUUUCGCUGAUGACAUCGUUCUUAUAUCAACAAGCAUCAAUCAAGUGGAACGGAUGUUGGCCGAAUUUGAUGAAACGUGUAAAAAGCUCGGUCUUCGGCUGAACCUAGACAAGACAAUGUUUGUGAAGAACGGAUGGGUUUCUGAUGCCCCUUUCACGCGCAACGGAAUGAACAUAUCCGAAUGCUCCAGCUAUGUAUAUCUAGGUGGAGAAAUCAACUUGAUGAACGACCUGACCUCCGAGCUGGGCAGAAGAAAACGAGUGGCUUGGGGAGCAUUCAAGAGCAUUGAGGAUGUAGUGAAGAGGACUAAGAAAAUCCGGCUACGUGCUCACUUAUUCAACACCACCGUUUUUUCUGCUUUGACCUACGCUUCAGAAACAUGA